AGUUGUAUUAAUGGUAGGGACUACAGGAUGAAGAGCAAAUUUGAUAGUGGGUCAUUGAAGGUAACCGCUGCCUUGUGGCCCGCUUAUCUCUAUCCAGGCAACAUUGUGGGCAAAGACUUUGACUCCAAAGAUAUACUUGAAGGGCUUUUUCGCAUAUCUUUUGGAGUUACUAAACACAUCUUUACAUCCCCAUCAUCUGCACUAAAGGCUGGGGUGUCCAACGGCACUCGCGCUUGCAAUGCGAAACUCCAUGGGAUGGCAGGAGUGGAAGCCGAGCAUAUUGCAUAUGCUGCAGUUCAGGCUUGCUUCACGAUCAGUUCGCUCAAUAAAUGGAAAGAUUGGGACGCCUUAUUUUAUUACACUGACUUUUAUACCAGAAUAGUUAACUUAAUUCAG